AAACAAAAAUAUUAGAGUCUGAAACUAAGAAUCAUAUACAUGACUUUUAAAUAAUCAUCUGAAAAGAGAGUAUAUAUUCAAGAUUGGUGGCGCCGAUUUGGAUUUUGUUAUUUCACUAAUCAAUCAAGAACUCUGUUUUAGUUGUAUAAAUACACUCCCUCCAUUAGUGUAUUCAUUUCAUCAAACCUCAAAGAUCUCUCACCUUUAAGAAAAAACAAAAACCAUCAUUAAUCAAUGGCAGGAAUCAAAGUUUUUGGGCACCCUGCUUCUACAGCCACGAGACGAGUUCUCAUCGCUCUCCACGAGAAAGAUCUCGAUUUUGAGCUAGUUCAUGUGGAGCUCAAAGAUGGUGAACACAAGAAAGAGCCUUUCCUCUCCCGCAACCCUUUUGGUAAAGUUCCAGCCUUUGAAGAUGGAGACUUCAAACUUUUCGAAUCAAGAGCAAUCACUCAAUACAUAGCACAUGAAUACGCAGACAAAGGGAACCAACUUCUCUCGCCUGGCUCCAAGAGCAUGGCAAUCUUGGCCAUGGGGAUGGAGAUAGAAGCUCAUGAGUUUGACUCGGUUGCUUCAAAGCUUGGCUGGGAACAAAUCUUCAAGAACUUCUUUGGUUUGACCACAGACCAAACCGUUGUCAAAGAAGAAGAGGUCAAGUUAGGGAAAGUGCUAGACAACUACGAAGCUAGGCUUGGCGAGUCAAAGUACUUGGCUAGUGAUCACUUCACAUUGGUGGAUCUUCACCACAUCCCAGUGAUUCAGUACUUGCUAGGUACUCCAACAAAGAAGCUAUUUGAAGAGCGUCCACAUGUGAGUGCUUGGGUUGCUGACAUCACUUCUAGGCCUUCUUCUCAGAAGAUCCUCGUUUAAAGUGAAGAAAGACUGAAUAAAAGUGGCCAUGAAUGAAGUCAUUGCCCAUUUCUCUUUGUGUUUGCUCUGUUUUUCAUUUUCCUUGAGAGAUUGAUCUGAAUGUAAUUUUCAGUUAUUAUGAAUAAUAAUAUAAAUAU